ACGCUGUUUCCGUAGCGUUGUAACCAUGGAAACAGUAAACUCCAUUCAGGAGGAAGGAGAUCGUGUGAAAAAUGACAUCAAUACAGGAGGAAGUCUUUAAAUGUGCGUUGUCUGGGGACUUGGAAACACUGAGGCAGCACUUUGAGAGUGAGACUGGAACCGAAGAGUCGCAAGAAAAUAAUUUUUCCGUAAAGGAUGAAGUUGGAAGAAACGCCCUGUUGACGGCCAGUGUGUUGGGAAGGAGCGCAGCCGUCAGAGAACUGGUCCGACACGGAGCCCAGGUCAACGAGCAGACAGCUGGAGGUUACUCCUCCCUGCACCUGGCAUCCUGCUGGGGUCACCUGGAGACGGUGAGGACUCUGCUUAAGCUGGGAGCCGACCUCCAGGCCAAGACCUUCAGAGGGGAGCGCCCCGUAGAUCUGGCCAGGAAAUACUCCAAGACAGACUGUGCAGAUUGUCUCAUGAUGGCAGAAGUGGAGCGGGACCUGGUAUCAUAUUUGACCUAUGUUAAAGACCUCAUCUCUGGGUCUGAGAAGAGCUUGACAAAAGAGGAAAAGAAACUCUGGACACGUGUGAUGUCUGAUACGUCUGACUGGAUCCAGAAUGUUCAACAUCCCACGGUCUCAGACUAUGUAAACCAGAGGAAGGAUUUAGAGGACAGACUUCAGCCUAUGAUCAGCAAGUUGUCAGCUUAGGCCUCCAGGAAUACUUUAUUUAAUUUUUUGCCAGAACAGAUACCUCUAAAUAUGAUUUAUUGUAAUUUGGCUUAUACAAAGAGCUAGUUUGUAAUUUUUUAUUGUUAAGAGUUAAUUCAUGUGCUUCAUUUUAUGUGAAGAUUUUUUUUUGUGACCUGUCAGCAAU